GCCAAGGCACUGCUAGCCGCACUCUCUGACCGAGCUCGCCGGAGCCGUACCCGUCGAGGACACAUACGCACACGCGCGCACACGAACACGCACACGCACAGGCACACGCUCGCAGAGACGCGCGGUGCUGCCACUGAGGAGGACGGGAGCCGCAGCGUGUCGGGCAGAGGAGCAAGCCAAAGCUUUCAAUGGCCAACGCCGUAACGUCACUCUGCUGUGUGGUGCUGGCUGCCGCCGUGGUCGUGUUCGCGCAGAAGCGCGGUCUGCAAGGCGCGAGGGUCCAGUAUGAGCGGAUGGGCAGCGAUGUGACCAUGCAGUGUGGAGCACUUGAAGCUGACGCCUCCGUCACUUGGAAGGUGAACGGGACAGACGUGAGGGCCCAACGUGUGGAGAAGGGGCCCCUACUCACUCUGAUGGAGGUCGACCUAAGCAGCAAUGGCCUGUACAGCUGCUUCCAGAACCCCAACGGCGAGCGCCGCGACCAGAUCAACCUACGGGUGGGCAUUCCCCCAAAAGAGCCGCCCAUAAUAACAUGCCGGUCGAACACUUACCCCAAGGGCUUCUACUGCAGCUGGCACCUACAGCAUCCCACCUACAUCCCCACUGACUUCGAGGUCCAAGUCAGGCACAACCAGAAGUUCCUGGAGGUCCAGAGAGAUGCAACCCACAAGAACCGCUGCCAUGUGAAGUUCCCAGAACUCUUUUCCACCUUCAAGUACAGAGUGAACGUUACAGCGAUCAAUGCACUGGGCCAAGCAUCCAACGUCAUCUCCUUUGAUGAAUUUGUAAUUGUGAAACCUGACCCACCUGAGAAGGUGGUAGCCACACCCAUCCCCAAAAAUGCACGUCGACUGGAGGUGACCUGGAACAGCCCGUCCACGUGGCCUGAUGUGGAGAACUUUCCCCUCAAGUACUUCCUGCGCUACAGGCCGCUGAUCCGGGAGCAGUGGCAGCACGUGGAGUUGUCGGACAGCACCAGCCACACCAUCACCGAUGCCUACGCGGGGAAGGAGUACAUCAUCCAAGUGGCAGCCAAGGACAUGGAGAUCGGCACCUGGAGCGACUGGAGCGUCGCCGUGCACGCCACACCCUGGAUGGAGGAGCCCAAGCAAAUCACCUCCACCACCGAGGCAGAGGUCAUCGUAGAGACGACCCCGUCCGCGGCACCGCCGUCUGCAGAGCCCCAGUUGUCCGCAGCAGUGGACGGAUGCUCCACCCUAGUCUGGUCACCAUGCUUGCUCCUGGCAUCUGCUUUGCUGUCAGUCAUGUGAUGUGUACGUUUCAUUCCUGUGGAAGAAAGUCGAGGAGCGUCUCUUUCUAUUUUGCACAUGUUAAUGGAUAUCGUGCAUUGAUAAUUUAAUUGAAAUUUCUCGCGAAGAAAACGACGAAAGACUGACGGAUGAGGAAAAUGAAAAUUUCUACAAAAAGUAAAACAAAAAACAAAAACACUACACAGACACAGGACGAUGGUCCGGGGAAGCAAAAGAUUUGAGGGAACUUUUGACUGAAAAGACACAUUUGUCUGGCAGCACAAGAACAAACAUCUUCUGGGCUUUUUUUUUUCCAUUUUCUUUUUUUUUUUUUUUUUUUAAUUUUUUAUUUUAAUCAGUUGGUGUGUUGGUUGCUUUUGAUACUUCAAAUUAGCGAAACGGUUCCGGAGGCCCCACUGGACACUGGAUGAACGUCAUUCUUUGCAGCUACAUACAGCUAACUUGCCAUGCCAAAGACUUGUCUUGGACACACUUUCCCAGAAUCCUCGGCUUCCCGGUGCCUGUGCCUGUGUAGCAAGGAGGAAUCCCAGAGCGCCAAUUCCAGGAACCUGCAUCCUGCAGCAAGGAGAGAGGACUAACCUUUUUUUGGGGGAAAUUAGUGAUUAUUUCCUAUGUUGCUUUAAAUUUUUUUUUUUUUUAAAUUUUUUUUUUUGUUAUGUACGUUUACCACAGUAAAUACAAAGCUGUUAAUAAAUCCAGCGUAACCGUGCUGAAAGCAACCGUAUCCCAUCAUCUUGCGAUGGACCGUUUUCAGCCGUUUCCGCCGGUUUUCACUUAGAAAGAGAGAAUUUAGCCAAUAAGGAUAAGCUCUGUUUUGCUUUCAAAUUCCAUUGCAUUUGCAGAUGUGUUUUGCAGGAUGUUACUUUAAUAGCCAGUAUCACAACUUAAUAUUAUGUUAUUCGAAAAACCUUGUUGCUCUUUAUGUAUUUGUUUAUUAUUAAAUGAAAUAUACAUAUAGCAUCUUAGCUUUACAGGCGCUCAUAAUUGCUUAAUUCCCCCCGAUCAUAUUUUGUAAACAAUGAUAUGUAUCUUUAACAUGAAAAAAAAAGUUUAUUAUUUAAUAAUGUAUG